AUUCACCUUCACCGCACAUAUUAUCUAUCCCACUCUCAACCAAGGAACAAGAAAACAAGACAGUUUCUACAGCCAUGACUCUGCCCGCAUCAACUGCCAGCACGCUGUCGUAUGACAACAAAGACUGCAAGUACAGCGUCUUUUAUUUCAAAUUCCAUGCCCUCGGCGCCUGUCCACGCGCUCUUCUCUGCUUUGGUGAGGCCCAAUGGGAUAACAAGGUCCAGGACUUGUCGGAAUGGCCUCAGAUCAGGGACUCGGCUCCCUUUGGUACGCUCCCAAUCCUUCUCGAGACCGACCUCACCACAGGCAAGACUAUCGAAAUCCCAGAAUCAGGAGCCAUUGAGAGGUACUUGGCCAGGAUGUUUGGGUUAUUGGGCGACACGGCUCGGGAGGAGGUGUUGAGCGACGUCUUUUAUGCGCAGGCGGUGAUAUUGGACACAAAGUAUAUUGAGAUGUUGCGCUGCACGUUUGAGGAGAUCCGUAUGAAGGCAUUGGAGCAGUUCUUAGGGACGACGUUACCGAAUUGGGUCAAGGCCUGUGAGAGGCAUCUGAAGGAGAACGGAAACACAGGCCACUUUGUUGACAAUAAGUUCACAUUGGCGGAUAUUAAGACGGCUGUCGUCUUGGACACUUACUUGGCCCUGGAUUCGGAAAAGGUCCUCAACCCUACCAAUUGCCCUUGUCUCUGGAAACUGAAGAAGACAGUCGACACCCAUCCCACCUAUGCUGCCUGGCGCAAGUCAGAGCAAUUCAAGGAUAUGGACGAGGUAGUGCAGGCGGGCGUAGGCGCCCUCAUGCCCCUUGAUAUCAAGAAGUCGCACAUCUUUUCGUAGAUUCCCAUCAGCUACCGAAUCGUAGACUGAACAGCUCCUUUGGGAACGCAAAGUAUAGGUUGAACAAUAUACAUAUAUUUGUUUUUAUUGUU